AUGAAUUACCUGCGAGAUAGAUUUCCUCCGGAUAAUGACCAAAGACCCUUUAGAUGUGAAAUUUGUUCACGAGGUUUCCACAGACUUGAACAUAAAAAAAGGCACGGAAGAACGCACACUGGCGAGAAGCCUCACAAAUGUACCGUUCAGGGCUGUCCGAAAAGCUUCAGCCGAAGCGAUGAACUAAAAAGACAUUUGAGGACACAUACUAAAGGCGUCCAAAGGCGCAGAAUAAAAUCCAAGGGCUCGCGAAAAACCGUUGUGAAUACUGCUACCGCCGCCCCUACCACCUUCAAUGAAAACACUGGUGUUUCGCUCACGGGGAUAGGUCAAUCUAAAGUGCCACCUAUUCUUAUCUCCGUUGCUCAGAAUUGCGAUGACGUGAAUAUACGAAAUACUGGAAAUAAUAAUGGCAUUGUGGAGACACAGGCACCUGCAAUUUUAGUGCCUGUGAUAAAUAUUCCAAAUGACCCUCAUCCGAUUCCAAGUAGCCUCUCCACUACUUCUAUCACCUCCAUUGCAUCAGUAUAUCCCUCUACUUCUCCAUUCCAGUACCUGAAAAGCGGGUUUCCUGAAGAUCCUGCAUCUACACCGUAUGUACAUUCGUCCGGAAGUUCUUUAGCCCUGGGUGAAUUGUCUUCAAACUCCUCUAUAUUUUCGAAAUCUAGGAGGAAUUUGGCCGCCAUGAGUGGUCCUGAUUCUUUGAGUAGUUCUAAAAACCAAUCCAGUGCUUCGCUUCUUUCUCAAACUUCACAUCCAUCAAAGAGCUUUUCAAGACCGCCAACAGACUUAAGUCCUCUGCGAAGAAUCAUGCCUUCUGUAAACACAGGAGACAUGGAAAUUUCAAGGACAGUAUCCGUUUCGAGCAGUUCAUCAUCACUCACUUCUGUUACGUAUGAUGACACCGCGGCUAAAGACAUGGGCAUGGGAAUAUUUUUUGAUAGGCCACCUGUAACACAGAAAGCUUGCAGGAGCAAUCAUAAGUACAAGGUUAAUGCUGUUAGCAGAGGGAGACAACAUGAAAGGGCACAAUUUCAUAUAUCUGGAGAUGAUGAGGACAGUAACGUUCACCGCCAAGAAUCAAGAGCAUCCAACACAAGUCCCAAUGUAUCAUUGCCUCCGAUAAAGAGCAUUUUGCGACAAAUUGAUAAUUUCAACAGUGCUCCUUCUUACUUCAGUAAAUAA